GGCACAGUUGAGAAUGAGAAGUUCGUCGGUUGUGCGCGCGGAUCAUGUUAAAACGACUUUCUCAAGCAGUUUGCCUGUUGUACUCUUAUCUCUUUAAAAAACUAUGAUAAUGAAAUCGUGAAAACCUCAUUAAUUACCCAAAACAUUAACUUGCGUUAUGUACUUACGUUAUGUACUAAGGUCAAUAAUGUGUUAAAGAAGACUGAAAUCAGUAAGUUAAUAUGGCAUAUCAAGGCUUUCGGAAUACAUAUGAGUCAAUUCCGAACGUUUCUACGAACAAGUACAAGGCAUCCCAAACACAAGAUGAUGGGGGAUAUGGGAGUCUGGGACAGCCUCCAAUCCCUACUCCUAGCUUCAACCUGCCAGAAAACCACAAACCGUGGCCAAACAAUGCCGAAGAUCCCUUUCAACUUCUGCGGUGUUCCCAAAACAGUACCAGAAACCUGUCCGAUGCAACUGAUUGUGAUAGUGUUGCUGAUUUAGAUGGCCUUGUUUCAAACAUUUUGGAAGAUGGCGAUUCAUCUGACCCCCUCAGCCACACCAAAAGGAAUUCAUCUAAAUUCACAUCAAUCUGGUCUCCCCAGACGAUAGGCAAUGAUUUGCUACAUUACUCUCAGUCCGCAUCAACAGAAGCAAACCCAGACUUCGACCAAGUACAAGGGCCGGUCAUUUCUAAAGAAAUUAAUAACAGUUUUCAGCAGUUCUAUGGCUUCAACACCAGCAACCAAAGGCUUUCUAAGUCAUCCAAUGGCGACAUGGAUGGCUACAAGCCCCACUCUCUGAAACCAACUAAGCCCCAAUGUCUACCAAUUCCCAGCAUGGAGAACGGUUUCCUGUCUGCAAUGAGGGAAAGUCAACUUAUUGGGAAAAAUUUCCCGAUCCAGAAAAAAGCCUUUGGUCACCAAGGCGAAAUGGACAGCCGUUUAGUUAAUGAUUAUAAUGACAAAUAUAUCCAAAGCAGCCCCGAACAAUACCAGCAAAGUUCACCGCAGGAUGUCAACAAAUUGGUCAGUCCUUUUAUAGAUCUAAUGGCCACUAAGAAAAUAAUGGUUGAAGAGAAUAACCAUUUUAAAUUGACCAAUUCUGCAAUGUCUCCAGACAGUGCAUUGAGAACACCAGUAAAAAGGGGUCUGGGGGGAGAUAUAGGUCCAGUGCAGAGAAAUCCAAAUGAGGGCUUCAUGCUACAUGCAUUCCAAGACAAUUAUCGUUUCCAAGGUCAUGACACAAAGCACAUUCAGCAAUCAACUUCCAAUUCUGCUCCAUGUAACCCCAUAAAGUCAUACCAAAGUAACAUAAUAACCCAAAGCCUAACCGCAACGCCUAAUGUGAACCAGGUUCUUAACCAGUACUCCCAGGAUCAGAUGCAGCAAAGCCAGCUGACAAACAUGGCUUCUAGGGACAGAGGUUAUCUGCCCUUCAACCAACAUCAACCAGUCUCAGAGUUUGGACCUGGCACAUUUCCCCCAAAUCAGAGAAGCCCAUUUUACAAGCAGGACUUAAGCAGAGGGGAUGGAAGAAAUGUCCACCAUGUACCGGGACAGAGCCAGCUGGGCAUGAGUACAGAACCCUUAAGAAAGGCAGAUGUUGACGCGGGGCUUCGGGGAGAGAAGAGCAGGCUGCAUAGUACUGCUGGUGCUUUUGUUCAAGAUGGCUUCCUCUCCACUCAGCGCACAGAGUGCAACACAAGAGUCCCCCGACAUGGUCUCCCACAAAGAAACAACUUCUACUUCCCCCAAUCAGGAAACACAUAUGGCUCUCAGAGAUUUGGUGUUGGCAACAGCACAGCAGAUACUGGGAAGCUGCCACAGUUUGUGCCCCAUACAUACCCUGUGAGUGAUCCAAGGCCGAGCUCCUUCAAAAUGGGUGUUAACUCCAACUCUAACCUGAGCUCCAGACCCUCUCAGCCCUAUGGAAGUGGGCCGCCCUGCCGGGACUUAUGUGACAGAAGGCCAGAAGGAGAAUUCGCAGCCUUAAAACCCGACAUCGCUUUCCAGAUGGCCCAGAGUGCAGGGGGGGGUAUGUAUCCUGAUAUGGCUUCAACUAAGUCACCUCAACCGAUGACCAAGAACCGAGGAGGACCUAUGAGUCAGCUCCACUAUUAUCUGGAGGAAUGCUGUGAUCAGUUAGCAUGCUUGGAGAAAGAGAGGAAGAAGUUUGUGAUCCUUAACAAAACAUUUGCUGGGAGACGGGCUAACGUCGCAACCAGCAGUCUUCUGCCGAAAAUGCCACCCAACCCCUCCAGAGUGGACCGUCUCAUUGUUGACCAGAUCCGUGAACAUAGCAGGGUGUUGAGCCUUCUGGAUCAAUUGGACCCCCUGAGCAGCUUACCCUUCCAGGGCUACAUCCACUCAACUCUUGACCGUCAUUAUAAGGCCAUCAUUUCUACCCAAACCAGACGCAGGGAGGAGUGUAUCAACUUAACCGGCCAGCAGAAGCAGGGAAGCACUCAAGACAUCAUGCCGUUGGCCAUGGCGUUGAAAGACUUAUGCAGCGCAACCAGGAAAACACGCACAGCCCUGUGGUGCACCCUCCAGGCCACCGUCCCCAUGUCUGCCGGCGUACUGGAUAUCCAUGGUGAUGCCGAGACCCCCGCGGUCACAGAGGAAAGCAUCCCAGCAAGAAGGUUGUAGUUCUUAACAGGGAUUCAUCAGCAACGGCUUGAAACAUUUGGUUUGAGAGGUUUGCCAAAGACAUGUCAAGCCUUGUUUGUGUUAAAAAAACCCCGCUACAAUUGUAUCCCAAAUCAUUCCUAGGAUUUAAGUGGCGUGGUAAUGAAAUCAAGGUCAACAAGACUACCAUGAAAUGAGAACUUGAGAUAGUCUGGUGCCUGAGGCACUAGACUAUCCCAAAGCAUUCAGGAACUUCUGGUUGGAUAGCUUUUGUUCGUAAAAUGUUAUUUGUCAACCCAUAUCCUGUAAUCAAUAUGAUAAGUAUGUGCGCUAUUUAUUUAGUUUUAAUUUGUUAUUUAUUUAAAAGAAACCCGGGUAACACUUUAUAAUAAGGUGCCACAAUAAAUAGCAAACUAGUCAUUACCUAACCCUUUGUUAAUAUUUGUUAAUUGUUACUAAAAUAUCUAUUUGGAACAAGUUAAGUUUUUUCAUCAAUUAAUUAGUUUGCAUAACCCUAACCCGACCCUAACCCUAACACACGGCCCUAACCCACAACCCUAACCCUAACCGCGACACUGGUCAGGGAAAGAAUACGAUUAACUUGUGCCAAAUAGAUAUUUUAAGUAAUAAUUAACAAAUAUUUAUAAAGGGUUAGGUAAUGACUAGUUUGCUAUUUAUUACGGCACCUUUAUUAUUAAGUGUUACCGAAACCCGAUAGCCCGGAACGAUAAUCAUUUGAAAUUAACUCUACAAAUAACAAAUAACAUUAGUCAAACCAAUUUGAUCAGAAGUUCAGAACAUGGACCAAAAUAUACCUUGCAUGUUGUGAAGUUAUAAAGCUUUUUAGAAUUAGUAACAAAUGAUGAUGUUUGCCUAUAGACUAUCAUUGACAAAUAUUUGGGUGUUUGAACCUGUCCUUUGCUAGUACAUUUUAGGGUUGAUUGUCUAGGUCAUACAACUAGCACGAUGUUAUCACUGCUCCGUUAUACUUUGAAUUUCCAUAGUUCUCUCAUUUCUAAGUUUUUGUUGUCGUUACAUUUACCAUUUAACUAGAUCCAUCAUCAACUCAACAAAACGGAAGCUGUUAUCUGUUGAAAAUGUUAUUUUAUUUAAAAUGUUGGUGAAAUAACUCAUUGUUAAAAUAAAGUUCAAACAUUUAACCAUA